GCGGCGGCGGCGGCGACCGUGGUAAUUGCAGCCGCUCGGGGGCAGGGCUUGCCCCAGCGCAGAGUAGUGGCAACGGCUUGUCGCGUCGGGAGCCCCGGGGACGUGAACUCGGCAGACCUACUCUCUCCCCCUCCCAGGAGGAGGUGCUGCCGAAUCCACCCGGGGCAGCGGGACCGCCCCGAGGGGCUUCCUCAGUGGAGGAGAGGUGGGGUUCCAGGGCACAGGUGACAGGGCCGGAGAAAGAUGGAGCAGCCCGGGGCGGCGGCGGCGUCGGGCGCCGGAGGCUGCGGCGAGGAACCCGGUGGGGGCCGAAGCAACAAGCGGAGCGCGGGGAACCGGGCCGCCAACGAAGAGGAAACGAAAAACAAACCUAAAUUGAACAUUCAAAUAAAAACUUUGGCAGAUGAUGUGCGUGACCGAAUUACAAGUUUUAGAAAAUCUACUGUCAAAAAAGAAAAACCUCUUAUCCAACAUCCUAUUGAUUCUCAAGUUGCGAUGAGUGAGUUUCCAGCGGCUCAGCCAUUAUAUGAUGAACGAUCUUUGAAUUUGUCCGAAAAGGAAGUACUGGAUCUCUUUGAAAAAAUGAUGGAGGACAUGAACCUUAAUGAAGAGCGAAAAGCUCCUUUACGAAACAAAGAUUUUACCACCAAGCGUGAGAUGGUCGUCCAGUAUAUUUCUGCUACUGCCAAAUCUAUAGUUGGAAGUAAAGUUAUGGGAGGGCUGAAAAACAGCAAACAUGAAUGCACUCUGUCUUCACAAGAAUAUGUUCAUGAAUUACGAUCUGGUAUUUCAGAUGAGAAACUUCUUAAUUGCCUAGAAUCUCUGAGGGUUUCUUUAACCAGCAAUCCUGUCAGCUGGGUUAACAACUUUGGCCAUGAAGGUCUUGGACUCCUGUUGGAUGUGCUGGAAAAGCUUCUGGACAAGAAACAGCAAGAAAAUAUUGACAAGAAGAAUCAGUAUAAACUUAUUCAGUGCCUCAAAGCAUUUAUGAACAAUAAGUUUGGAUUGCAAAGGAUUCUAGGGGAUGAAAGAAGCCUUUUACUGUUGGCAAGAGCAGUUGACCCCAAACAACCCAACAUGAUGACUGAAAUAGUAAAAAUACUUUCUGCUAUUUGUAUUGUUGGAGAAGAGAACAUUCUAGAUAAACUUUUAGGGGCUAUAACUACAGCAGCAGAACGAAAUAACAGAGAACGAUUUUCACCAAUUGUGGAAGGAUUAGAAAACCAUGAAGCUUUGCAAUUACAGGUGGCCUGCAUGCAGUUUAUAAAUGCCCUUGUCACAUCUCCUUAUGAGCUUGAUUUUCGAAUACAUUUAAGGAAUGAAUUCCUUCGUUCAGGACUAAAAACAAUGUUACCAGAUCUGAAAGAAAAAGAGAAUGACGAGCUUGAUAUUCAGUUGAAAGUAUUUGAUGAGAACAAAGAGGACGACCUAACUGAAUUAUCACACCGUCUCAAUGACAUUCGAGCAGAAAUGGAUGAUAUGAAUGAAGUGUACCAUCUUCUGUAUAACAUGUUGAAGGACACUGCUGCUGAAAAUUACUUAUUAUCCAUUCUACAACAUUUUUUGCUCAUCAGAAAUGAUUAUUAUAUCAGGCCACAGUAUUACAAAAUAGUUGAGGAAUGUGUUUCACAGAUAGUGCUGCACUGCAGUGGUAUGGACCCAGAUUUCAAGUACAGACAAAGAUUAGACAUUGAUUUCACUCAUCUGAUAGAUUCUUGUGUGAACAAGGCAAAAGUUGAAGAAAGUGAACAAAAAGCAGCAGAAUUUUCAAAGAAGUUCGAUGAAGAAUUCACAGCUCGACAGGAAGCUCAAGCUGAGCUUCAAAAAAGAGAAGAAAAAAUCAAAGAGCUUGAAACAGAAAUCCAACAACUUCGAACCCAGGGACAUGGACUCUCAGGUUCAACAGGAAUUCCAGGCCCUCCUCUACCACCUCCAUUGCCAGGUGCUGGGCCACCCCCGCCCCCACCUCCACCAGCGCCACCUCUACCCGGAGGAGGUCCCCCUCCUCCUCCACCUCCUUUACCUGGGGUACAUGGAAUAGCAUCACCACUGCCUUUGUUUGGGGGACCUCCUCCACCACCUCCCCUUGGAGGAGUUCCUCCUCCUCCUCCGGGAACACUUGAUCUGCCAUAUGGAAUGAAGCAUAAAAAAAUAUAUAAACCUGAGGUGUCCAUGAAGAGGAUCAAUUGGUCAAAGAUUGAACCCAAAGAAUUGUCUGAGAACUGUUUCUGGUUGAAAGUUAAGGAGGAGAAGUUUGAAAAUCCAGAUCUCUUUGCAAAAUUGGCACUGAAUUUCGCUACCCAGAUAAAAGUUCAAAAGAAUGCAGAAGCUUUUGAAGAAAAGAAGACCCUGCCUACAAAGAAGAAAGUGAAAGAGUUGAGAAUUUUGGAUCCCAAAACAGCACAGAAUCUUUCUAUCUUCCUAGGAUCAUAUCGUAUGCCAUAUGAAGAUAUAAAAAACAUCAUUCUGGAGGUUAAUGAAGACAUGUUGAGUGAGGCCUUAAUUCAGAACCUUAUAAAACAUCUUCCUGAGCAGAAGGUACUCAAUGAAUUAGCACAGCUGAAGAAUGAAUAUGAUGACCUUUGUGAGCCUGAACAGUUUGGAGUUGUGAUGAGCUCAGUGAAAAUGUUGCGUCCUCGUCUCAAUAGCAUUCUUUUCAAGCUCACGUUUGAAGAACACGUAAACAACAUCAAACCAAGCAUCAUAGCAGUAACUCUGGCCUGUGAAGAACUGAAGAAAAGUGAAAGCUUUAACAGACUUCUAGAGUUAGUUCUUUUGGUUGGAAACUACAUGAACUCAGGCUCAAGAAAUGCCCAGUCUUUGGGUUUUAAGAUCAACUUUCUCUGUAAGAUCCGAGAUACUAAAUCAGCAGAUCAAAAGACAACCCUCUUGCAUUUUAUUGCUGAAAUUUGUGAGGAAAAAUACCGGGAUAUCCUGAAAUUUCCUGAAGAACUGGAACAUGUAGAAAGUGCAAGCAAAGUUUCAGCUCAAAUUCUCAAGAGCAACCUUGCAGCAAUGGAACAACAAAUUGUUCAUCUGGAACGUGACAUCAAGCAAUUCCCCAAAAUAGAAAAUCAACGUGAUAAGUUUGUGGAAAAGCUGACGAGCUUUACAAAGGGUGCCAGAGAACAGUAUGAAAAACUACUCACCAUGCACAACAACAUGAUAAAGCUCUAUGAGAAUCUUGGAGAAUACUUUAUUUUUGACUCUAAGACAGUGAGCAUAGAAGAAUUUUUCGGUGAUCUCAGCAACUUCCAAACUUUGUUCCUGGAAGCAGUGAAAGAAAACAACAAGAGAAAAGAAAUGGAAGAGAAGACUAGGAGGGCAAAGCUUGCAAAAGAGAAAGCUGAACAAGAAAAGUUAGAACGCCAGAAGAAAAAGAAACAACUCAUUGAUAUAAACAAAGAGGGUGAUGAGACGGGCGUGAUGGAUAAUCUUCUAGAAGCCCUGCAAUCAGGUGCAGCAUUCCGAGACCGCAGAAAGCGGAUUCCAAGGAAUCCAGAUAACAGACGAGUACCUUUGGAAAGGUCACGCUCUCGCCACAAUGGAGCUAUCUCAUCUAAGUGAUUCCUGAUGCCAAAGAAUAUGAAAAAUACUUCUUAAGUAAACAAAAUCAUACAUUUUGGGAAGAACAAAACAUGCACUCAAGGGAUGGAGAGGAAAUAAGUACAUUUCUGCAAAGAUCAAGCUAAGCUGGAUGCAAUAGCGUGCAUAUGUAAAGCUAUUGCAAGACUCCUCCCACAAUUAUACUAAUAUGAACACAAUUACCAGAAUUAUAAAACAUGCGUUCCCUUUUAGUGUAAAGAUGAUGUGUAUUAUUUGUUACUGUGUGUGGCCUGACCGUGAUGAUGAAAAGUGUAAGAAAUUGAAGAGUUCCAAAGACUUUCAAAACCAUUCAGUCUGUCAAAAAUGUAUAAUAUUACUCAAAUUUGAAGUCACCCCCACCCAAAAAAAAAGGAAGAAAAGAGAAGAAAAAGAAUAGAAAGAAUUAGUCAGUGUCUACUUCUGAUUCCUGUUUUAUAUAGAAAAGGAAAAGGCCAGUGAAAAUGUGCGUGUUAAUGGUUUGGAAAGGCAAUGAUAUUGCACACUCUAUAAAAGAAGCCAUUUUUGGAAACUCAGAAAAAGUACUGCUUCACCCCCCCCCCCCCCCGUCAAGUUACUUAGAAUCUUAUCUCAAGUGAAAGUUGAUGGAUUCAUCUGCUUCGGCUGAAAUUAAACUUAUCAUUAAUCUAGAGUUUCAGCAUGAUAUCGCAGGCACUUAUCAUUGCUAAAAAUAAGCCAAAAAGUUUAACAGAAGCAGUUAGAGAAAGUGAUUUAAACUUUAUUUAAAGAGGUAUUUUCUAAUUAUGCACAUAUAUCUACUUUAUACAAAUACUUUAUAUGGCUGUUUUUGA